UAUCCGGAAUGCUGUGCGCAUGUUGCAUCUUGUGGACGUUUUUGUCUUUUAUUAAAACAUUAAAACAUCUAGUGGAAACUCCGCCCACUUCUACGACUUCGUUCAUUGCGUUUGCUCUGUGUUCUCUCCUCACAACUACCUACUUUUUGGUGAUUUAAUCAUGUCUUUGGAGGUGGAAUCAGCAGACGUGAUUCGUCUGAUAAUGCAGUACCUGAAAGAGAACAAUCUGCACCGAACAUUGACCACCCUUCAGGAAGAGACCACCGUGUCUUUGAACACUGUGGACAGUAUCGAGAGUUUCGUGGCAGACAUCAACAGUGGCCAUUGGGACACUGUGCUGCAAGCUAUCCAGUCACUCAAGCUCCCUGACAAGACUUUGAUAGACUUGUAUGAACAGGUGGUGUUGGAGCUCAUUGAGUUGAGAGAGUUGGGUGCAGCCAGGUCUUUGCUAAGGCAAACAGACCCCAUGAUCAUGCUGAAGCAGACCCAACCAGAGAGGUACAUUCACCUGGAGAACCUGCUGGCUCGCUCCUACUUUGACCCCAGAGAGGCCUACCCAGACGGAAGCAGUAAGGAAAAGAGGCGCGUGGCCAUCGCCCAGGCCCUGGCCGGGGAGGUCAGCGUGGUGCCCCCCUCCCGUCUCAUGGCCCUGCUGGGACAGUCCCUAAAAUGGCAGCAGCACCAGGGUCUCCUGCCCCCGGGUAUGACCAUUGACCUGUUCAGGGGCAAGGCAGCCGUGAAGGACGUGGAGGAGGAGCGCUUCCCCACACAGCUCACCAGACACAUAAAGUUUGGGCAGAAGUCCCACGUGGAGUGUUCCCGCUUCUCUCCUGAUGGUCAGUACUUGGUCACAGGAUCAGUUGAUGGUUUCAUCGAGGUCUGGAACUUCACCACGGGCAAAAUCAGAAAGGAUCUGAAGUACCAGGCACAGGAUAACUUCAUGAUGAUGGACGAUGCAGUGCUAUGUAUGUGCUUUAGCAGAGACACAGAGAUGCUGGCCACAGGGGCCCAGGACGGCAAAAUAAAGGUAUGGAAGAUCCAGAGUGGCCAGUGCUUGCGGCGCUUUGAGCGUGCCCACAGUAAAGGUGUCACCUGCCUCAGUUUCUGCAAGGACAGCAGCCAGCUGCUCAGCGCCUCCUUCGACCAGACCAUUAGGGUUCACGGGCUGAAGUCGGGCAAGUCGCUGAAAGAGUUCCGAGGACACUCUUCGUUUGUUAAUGAAGCAACAUUCACACCUGACGGACACCAUAUCAUCAGCGCUUCCUCUGACGGCACUGUAAAGGUGUGGAACAUGAAAACCACAGAAUGCACCAACACCUUCAAGUCCCUUGGCACCUCGGCCGGCACCGACAUCACAGUCAACAACGUCAUCCUGCUGCCCAAGAACCCAGAGCACUUUGUGGUGUGCAACCGCUCCAACACCGUAGUCAUCAUGAACAUGCAGGGCCAGAUUGUGAGGAGUUUUAGCUCUGGUAAGAGGGAGGGAGGAGACUUUGUCUGCUGCACGCUGUCUCCACGUGGCGAGUGGAUCUACUGUGUAGGAGAGGACUUUGUGCUCUACUGCUUCAGCACGGUCACUGGCAAGCUGGAGAGAACCCUGACAGUCCAUGAGAAGGAUGUGAUUGGCAUCGCCCACCACCCCCACCAGAACCUCAUCUCCACGUACAGCGAGGACGGCCUACUCAAGCUCUGGAAACCCUGAGCAUAGCCCUGCUUAACCCCCCAUAAGCCCCUUCAUCGGCAUGCCAGCUGCUCUGCCCAUGGGACUGUGCAGUGUUUUCCCUACCAUUGCUUUAGGCGGGCCGGGUAAUGUCUCCCAUCUAGCUCUGUUAUUCAGGCCAAAAUGCUUUGGCCUCAAUUGACAUCAAUUGGCAGUCCGUGUUGCUGUUUCGGGGCUCCUGCGCCACGCCUAAGGCAAGAUCUAGCUAGGGAAAACACUGGGGUAUUGGGAGUGCAGGGAUGGGCAUUAAAACUUUUUUUAUAUAUAUUUUAAAAAAUGAUUAAUGUAAAUAUAUUUUUUAAUUGCGUUUUUUCCCAAGAAUGCCUGGUUCAAUAUUUUGCCUCGUGUCAGCCAUUGCUUUGUUUUACUGCACAGCAAGAAAUAAAAAGGGCUGUUAUUUGUCUCCUUAUUGAUUUUUGAAUCCCCGGAUUCGAUGGUAUUCCUUUCCAUGUGUGUUGACGUGUGUUCCUAGAUGUGAAACGCAUGGAUUGCUGUUAUGUAUUGAUUACGUGUCAGUGGUUGACAUGUACCAUUUCUUGUCUGGGCCAAUAAAAAAAUAUAUUUGACCAGGAAAAAAGUAAAAGUAUUUUCUUUGUUGAGUAGCCCUCUUAUUGAGCCUUGACAGUCAGAUUUACAGUAUAAGAUGUAUGCACUCACUACUGUAAGCCUCUCUGGAUAAGAGCGUCUGCUAAAUGACUGCAGCCUGACGAGCUGGUUCGGCUUGUUGACCAAUAGGAAGGCUGAACAAUCUUUAAGCAAUUUUGUGUUGGCCCCCAGUAUUUUAUUUAUAGAAAGUUUAGCAUUCCACUUUUACUGCAGAUAUGUUCAUUGAAAUGAGUCCCACCGCGACACAGGCGCCAUUUGGACUUCUAACCCCUUUUAAACAUUCAGUUGGAGCUACAGAUUUAUGGAUUGUACCAUUAGAUUCGCGUUUAAUGGUUGAGCUACAAACUAUUUAAAAGUAACAUGUUUUGCUCUAUGAAGCUACACAAGGUCAGGUGUUCUUCAUAGAAGAUUAUAGGAAAUUCCAGGACAGUGUCUAUAAUAGUCACAAACUCCACACAGUUGUCACUGACUAGUUGGAUAUUCAAUUCACCGUGAGCAAACACUUUCUGCAUUCAUAUAAAUUCAUUUUUAUCAGGUUUUUGCUUUGUAAAUAAAACUCAUGAAUGCAA